GGUUCAAGUAUAGCUUUCAACUCCAACACGACACACAUACACACGGCACUUGCCGUUCGAGUUAUCUCUUUCUGACAGUGUUCCGAAAGCUGUAGUUCCUACUCGUAGGUCGUCUUUUAAAUACAAUUAAUAUAAUGGCCGCGAACAUAGUGCCGCACGAAUUUAUUUCGAAAGCGGAAGAUUUUGCCGAAGAAGUGUAUAAGCGGACGCGGGUUUUUAUACCAACUAUAGCUCGAAUGUGCCUGAUCUCGACCUUCUUCGAGGAUGGAGUGAGAAUGUGGGUCCAAUGGUCGGAACAGAGGGAAUACAUGGACCAGUCUUGGGGCUGUGGCAAGUUCCUUGCAAAUAUGUUCGUGUUCGUCAACCUCUUCGGCCAGCUUGGCGGCUGUGCGAUGGUUCUCGUGCAGAAGAAAGUGUCGUACGCUUGUGGCGUGCUCUUCUUCAUUGUCGUACUGCAAACCUUAGCGUACAGUAUACUGUGGGACGUCCACUUUCUCCUGAGAAAUCUUGCCCUCAUAGGAGCUCUUCUUCUCGUUCUCGCAGAAAGCCAUAAAGAAGCGAGGAGCUUCUUCGCAGGAGUUCCGACACUAAAUGACAACAAUCCUAAGAAUUACUUACAGCUAGCUGGAAGAUGUCUUCUCGCUUUUAUGUUUGUAACACUUAUCAGAUUUGAAUUCACAUUUUUGCAAAUAUUUCAAGAUCUACUUGGAUGCAUAAUGAUGGUCUUAGUCACUGUUGGCUACAAGACCAAACUCUCCGCUCUUUGCUUAGUCUUAUUUUUAACAACCCUGAAUUUCUACCACAACGCAUGGUGGCAGAUACCUGAAUACAAACCUCUUCGGGACUUUCUGAAAUAUGACUUCUUCCAGACUCUAUCUGUAAUUGGGGGCCUUCUCAUGAUUGUUCUUCUUGGCCCUGGUGGCGUCUCUAUGGAUGAACACAAGAAGCGGUGGUAGAUUCCUAGCCUUUAUCUUUUUCUCGAUGUGUAAUGUAAUCAACGCAAUUUAAAAUGUUGUCGGACUGGAAUGGAAUGAAUUGUAGCAAAAAAAAAAAAUUGUUAAAAAAACCGUUACUAUACACAAAGUCUAUUCUCAAGCGAAGUAUUUAAUUGAAAUGUUGCGACAAUUUUGAUGUUGAAUUACAUGAAGAAAGUUAUGGAUAUAUAUAUCUUACAAAUGAUUAUCCCUGUAAAUGGUUUUAGUUUUCCCACCCGAGUUCAAUUCAAAAUGUAUGUAAUUGUUUUUAACGAGAAGGCCGAUUAAAUUAAAUUUGAAAACAAAAAUCUUAAUGAUGAGAAUUUCUCUGUUAAAUCUGUAUUAAAAAUAUCUUAGCAUGUAAAAAUUGAUGCUGUGUUAAAUAAUCUGUAAAUACAUACAAAAUAUUUAUAAUAUUCCAUUAUAAAACAUAUACAAUAACCAAUGUUCAUAUAUUAAAUUUUUUUAUUGUUGUUAUAGGAAUAUUAUAUUUUUUGCCUUGUGACCAAUUUCCAAGAUUUAUCAUUAUAAUUCAGCUUAUAAUGAUGGACUUGUUUUUAGUUAAAAACUAUUUUUUUAAAUAAAUAAGAUGUAUUUUUGUAUUUUGUUUUAAUUUUUGUUGACAAAAGUACUUUGUCCAAUAUAAUUUUUUUUUUGUUAUUAAAAUAUGAAUCAGUAAAAGACUAUUGUAGAAUUUACCAUAAAAAUGAAUAAAUCGCUCAGUUUUUGUUUAUUAUUAUUCAUGAAA